UGGAUGAAGCGAAGAUGGGGGGAGGUUACGACCUUGAGAUUUUCACAGAGUGUCCGGACCACGAUCUUUUGUGCUCUAUCUGCCGUGGGGUAUUGAAAUGCCCCGUAAUGAUUUCCUGCAGCCACAUCUUCUGCCGCAAAUGUAUCUUACAAUGGCUUAAGAGGCAGCAAACAUGCCCAUGUUGCAGAACCGAGGUGAGGGGUAAAUUAUUUGUCCUGAUGCACAAGCUGAAGAGGAAAAUCAACCGCCUGCAAGUCAAGUGUCCCAAUGAGCAGAAUGGCUGCCCUGCACAUUUCCCUUUACUGAGGAGCAAAGAGCACGCAGAAUCCUGCGCGUUUGGUUUGGUAGGGUGCGCGAACGAAGGUUGCAACACUGAGGUUCUGAGGAGGGACUUUUCAGAACACGGCCAGUUCUGUGAAUUCUGGAGGGAGAUGUGUCAUAUGGGAUGUGGAACGCUGCUCAAUCCGUCCAACCGAGAUGAGCACAAUUGUUACAUGGAACUGAAAGAGAGCUAUGCUACGCAGCUCAAUAAGUUACAUCAGAAAGCACGUCACAUAGAAACGCUUUCCACCCAAAUGAGCAGGCAGAUACAGCUACUCACUGAAAGCCUGGAUACUGAACAGCCAGGAACUCAUUCAGAAGAGUUAACCGCCUAGGAACAUCUAACGCACCAGCCAAGUAAAACUUACUGGGUGCCAUUUUAAAGAGAAUACAAUUUUGCCUAUACAUUGUGCUUGCCAAAUUAUGGGCACAUGCAUGGAUUCAAUGAUAUCACUAUGUCAUUUUUUUAUUUUUAAUAAAAAUGACAAGAUGGUGAUUACACUAGGUGCAUUCUAGCUACUGUCAGGGUCAUUUACUUAACUGGGAUGUGUUUAGAAAUGAGAAGGGGAUUCAACAUUUUAGGUCAAAAUAAAAAAUCCAGAUGGGCCAUUUUGGCCUACAAUUUGCAGUUUCCUUCCCAGUUCUACACAAUGUCAGGUUUUAGUGAAUUACCCUAUGUUUGAGAUUUGGCAACAUUUGCGUGGUUGUUAGAGAAACAUAUAUACCCCAUACGGCACAAUGUUUUGAGUUAUGCAAGACAGGUAAUGGGCCACAAGGGGGCGCACAGUGAAAACGGGAGUUCAAGGGUUGUCCAUGUGAAGAUUGGUGUUGAUAUGCUCUUGCUGCACUUAUUAUGAACAUUUCUCAAGUGUCCUGUGGGUGAUAAGGGAACAAACCUAGGACCUUUGCUGGUGAAUAUGACAGGCCAAUACCUACAUUAAAGGAACACUAUAGCAUUAGAAAUACAAACCUGCAUUACUAACGCCAUAGUGCCCUAGUCCAUAAUUAAGUUGGUAGGCCAACCCCCGAUUUUUAAAAAAAAUAUCUUUAAAAAGGAUUUUACUUGCCUUUUCCCAGCGAUGAAACUCCCUCUGCACUGAAGACCAGUCCACCUCCAGUGCCGUCAUCGAUUUGAUGCAACCUCCUCAUUGCUGGUCCAAUACAAUGCUACUUACAGUGAAGCAGUGAGGACCUGAAGCACAUGCGCAGCAAGUGCCACACACACCCAAUACUACUCAAUACCACCCAAUACUAUAAGCUGAAAUGUCACGUGACUGAGUUUUACUUGGACAUUCUAGCAGAGCGGUCUCUAGUGGCUGUCAGUACAGCAGCCAUUAGAGCCACAUUUAACCAAUCUAUGUAAACAUUGCUGUUUUUUGCAAAAUGGCAAUGUUUUACCUUGGAAGGUUAAAACUACAGAAAAACUGGACCUAGAGCACUUUGUUUUAAUAAAGUGGUGUGGGUAACUUUAGUGCUCAUUCAAAUUUGUAUACCUACCUGAAGCUACCAUUGACUCCACACUUUGCAUGGGUGACACUUUCACUGCCAAGACUCACUUGAAUCCCAAAUUUGCAAAAACAAUUUCUACGGCAAAUUUUGUGAAUCGUCCAGCUGCUGUGUACAUAAAAUAACUGGAGAUCUUCGGAUAAAAAAAAGCUUCAAAUCAUGGGCUUGCAUAUUUUGGACUUUUGUUUUUCUUUUUUUCUGUUUUUUUACUAUUAGUAGGUUUGGUAGGUCUGUGGUUUCAAUUAUUGGAGGCUAUAAAGAUAUAAUAUUGAAAUAUGAUAUCCAGAUUGUACAGUGAU